AUGCAUAGAGAUAAAUAUAAAUAUUUAUUUGGUAUCAUCAUCAUCAGAGGGAGAGAGAAAGAUGUGAAGAUGUUUAACAACAAUGCAAAUAAAACAUCUUUGUUUAACAAACAGCCACAACAACAACCUACCCCUCUUCCCAACAAUAAUAAUAACUACAACAAUAAUGGGUUUACUACUGCUACUUCAACUUCGACAUUAAACUUUAAACAACAACAACCAUCAGCACCAUAUAGUAGUACAAAUGGGAGAACAACCAAUGCACAGAUGUAUAACAAUCAAUAUGGUGAUCAAUCAUCAAAUCAACCUCGUUCAUCAACUUAUAACAACAGCACAUCAAUCUACCAAACAUCGAAUCGUCAAGGAACACCACAAGUAUCAAAUCCUUUUGGUAAUGGAUCUUCAGAUGCUACCAAACUUAGCACGUACAAGCCAAAGACAAACAACUUUAACCAACAGAAUCAGAAUCAGAAUCAUUCACCAUUCAAAAAGACACAAAUUGCACAACCUAAAUUUGAAUAUCAAAGUACAAGUAAACAAAAACCUAUUGUUCAACAACAAACUAUACAACCCCCUCCACCUCCUCCAUCUAUACCUCAAAACAAUAACAAUAACAAUGAUGAAGAUUUAAUAAUAGAUGGUGAUGAUGAUUUUGAAUUUGACUUUACAGAUGAACCUACUAUUCCACAACAACCUACUACUACUACUACUACUACAAUACCUACUAGUAUUCCUGUACAAUUACCACAACCAGUUUUUAAACAAGCACCAACUGUUCAACAACAACAACCAAAAGUAAUCAAUAAUCCAAUUAAUCCAUCAUUCAAAAUAUCACCAAACUUUCCAGAAUGGUAUAAACCUCCAGAGAAUGAUGAAUUUAAUUUAGAGAUUGAUCAAGAUGCAUUAAAGACUUUUAUAUAUCCAAGUAACUUUCCAAAGAGAGAUUACCAAUACAAUAUUAUCAAACAUGCAAUCUAUCAAAAUACUUUGGUUUGUCUGCCAACAGGUUUAGGAAAGACUUUUAUUGCAUCGGUCUUGAUGUUAAACUAUUAUCGAUGGUUCCCCACUUCAAAGAUUAUUUUCAUGGUACACACCAAACCAUUGGUAUCACAACAGAUUGAUGCAUUUUAUCAUACUACUGGUGUACCAAGAUCAUCUAUCAUUCAGUUUACAGGUACUGUCAACCCAACCAAACGAUCGGAGCUUUGGGAGAAAAAGAGAGUGUUUUUUCUCACUCCACAUAUCCUCAACAAUGACAUUCGUGACAAAAGAUGUGAUCCAUCCAAUAUUAGUCUUAUUGUGAUGGAUGAAUCACAUCGUGCUACUAAAAACGCAGCCUAUUGUCAGGCGUUGCGAGAGGUGACCAAGUACACUGGACAACUGCGUCUGGUCGGGUUGACGGCAUCACCAGGAAGCAAAAAAGAUACUAUUCAAGCGGUUAUCAAUAAUUGUUUGGCUUCCUAUAUGGAUAUCAGAUCAGAGAAUUCACUCGAUAUUCGACCCUAUGUAUUUAAAAAGCAAAUCGAUGUAGAGGUGGUCGAACUCAGUCCACAAAUCCAAGAAUUGGUAGAACUCAUCAACAAAUGUAAAUGGAAACCAUACGACAUAAUCAAGCGUUCCAUACCAUACCUCGUCGAAUUUCAAAAAUUAUCCAUCUAUUAUGUUAUCAAUAUGAUGCAAAACCAAAAACACACCAACAAUCCAAGAGGCCCCGAUUGGCCAUCCAUCAACAACCUCGGUGUUUUACGUGCUCUUUUAGAUUGUUCAAAUGAAUUGAUCAAACAUGGUCUAGUAUGUUUUAAGAACAAAUUGAAAAUUUUUGCUGAUAAUACAAAAAAAUGUUACAAAGAAACUUUGGACAGUACCUAUUGGAAAUUAUUGGUUUCAAAAACACAAAAACUUAUAGAUGAAAAUGUUUAUCAUGAUAAAUUAAUUAAAUUGGGUCAAGUUAUUGAAUCUCAUUUUGUAUCAUCAACAACAUCAACAAGAGUAAUGGUAUUUACAGAAUAUAGAGAUUCAGUUAGUGAAAUUAUAUCAUAUCUUGGUAAUAAUCCUUCGAUCAAGGUAAUGCCAUUUUUAGGACAAUCAAAUGGAAAAGUUGUCAAGGGUCCAAAAGGAACCACACGAACUGUAGGUUCCAAAGGUCUAGAUCAAUCUGAACAAGCAUCGGUUUUGAAAAGAUUCAGAGAUGGUGAAUACAAUACUCUGGUAUCUACAUCGAUUGGUGAAGAAGGUUUGGAUUUUGGUGAAGUUGAUUUGAUUGUUUGUUAUGAUACUCCUCAAUCUACAACUAGAAACAUUCAAAGAAUGGGUAGAACUGGUAGAAAACGUCAAGGUCGUUGUGUAGUCAUUUUAACACAAGGUCAAGAAGUUGAUGCAUACAACAUGUCAAAAGAGAAAUUGGAUAAAUUGGGUGGUAAUCCAAUUAAUUAUACUUAUUAUCAAUCUCCUAGAAUGAUACCAAAAGGAUUUAAUCCAAUUGAAGAAUUAAAAGAAAUUAAUGUUGAAGAUGAUAAUGAUACACUUGAUGAUUCUUUUUCAAUUCAUCGUAAAUCUAAAAAGAAAAAGGAAACAGCAUAUCUGACAAGUGAACAAGAAAGAUAUUUACAAAAUAAUUAUUCAUCCUUGUUGAAUACCAAACCAGACGAUAUCGAUAUCUCAAAAUACUCUUAUUUAAAUUCUAUCGAAUCUCCAAUUGCUGACUUUCAACAUGGUGAACGAACAAAACUUCUAAACUCUGUCUCUAAACACAUGGAUUCAAAAAAAACUCAAGAAUUAAAUAAUAUGAGUUUAUUAUCAAAACUUAAUACAUCAACAUCAAUCAAUAAUUCAAUCAAUAAUAAUAAUCAAAAUAAUAAUAAUAAUAUUCUUGACAAUAAUGAUAUUCUUGACAACAAUGAUAUUAGUAAUAGUAGUAGUAAUAAUAGUAAUAAUGGUAGUAAUCAUAAUCAAUUGAAAAAAACAGAUGGAAAAUUCAAUAGUGAUAAAAUCUUUAUUGAUGAUGAUUUUGAUUUCUUUGCAGAUGAACCACCUCUUUCAAUACCAACAGCAGCAGCACCAACAUCAAAUUCACCAAUAUAUUAUCAAAAGAAAGAUCAUUGGCAAGAAUUGGAAGAUUUAUUGGUAAAUCUAUUACCUCAAGCAUGUGUAAUUGAAAAACCAAUUGGUCCAAAUGUAAAUUAUUUGACAUGUCCUCCACCUCCUCAACCAAGAAAGAACAAUAAUAAUAAUAAUAAUAAUAAUUUACAUAGAGAACACUCUAUUCUUAAACAAAAAACAAGUCAAGACAAUCAAGAAAAUAAGAAAUCAGGAUCAAAAGAAUUGGAUCAACCAGUAGUAGUACCAGUCACUACUACCAAAGUAAUUCAAGAGCCAGAUAUUAUUCAAAACCCUAUUAUUUUAAAGAAAAAAGAAAAAGUAGAAGUGGUGGAAAAGAUUCAAAAAGAAAAGGUUGUUUUAGUUAAAGAACCAAAGGAAACUGAAAGAGAAGAAGAAAGUGACUCUGAAAUUGUUCCAAAUACACCAGACAAGGAUAUUUGUAAAUCAAGUAGUAUUGAUAUUUCAUUCCAUACACCUUCAAAACAAUCAACAAACAAGUUGUUCAAGUUAAAGGAUUUGGAGGAUAUCAUAUCUCCCAUCAAACCUAUUCAACAACCAAAAUUACAACAGCCAACCGCUGUAGUCACAAAACCAAUAGUAUUGGAGGAACCAAAGAAACAUCAACUUGGUAGACUAAGAAAAGAAAAAGAUGUAAAGAAACAAAAACAAUCGUCAUCUGCUGAAAAGAAAAGGUUGUCUUUGGGAAAAGACCAUAACAAUAGAAGAAAGAAAUCAAAAUCAAGUCGUGGAUCAAAGUUUAUAGAUGAUGUGGCAAGCGAUGAAGAUGAUGAUGAAAUUGAAGAUAGUGAAGAGGAAGGACUAGAUAAAUACGAUUUGGAAGAUUCUUUUAUUUGUGACUCCUCUUCAACUGAGAGUUCCUCUCAAUCUCAAUCUCAAGAUCAAAAAACCAACAAAAAGAAAAAAAGGGUAUCAAUGCAUGCAAUCUAUCAGCAAUCGUUGCUUACUCAAAACGAUUUCUUUGAUGGUGGACGUAAAAAGAUUGGUGGAUUUAAAUUAAAGUUUGACAAUCCACAAAAUAAUAUUACAACCAAACUAUUGCAUCAAUCAAAUAAUAAUAAUAAUAAUAAUAAUAAUAGUAUGAGUGAUGACGAAGCAAUGGAGGAUAAUCGUCCACUUUCUCAAAUUGAAGAUGAAAUUGAAUAUACACAAGAAGAAAGUAAAUUUAUCAUUACUAAACCGAAUAACAACAACAACAACAAUAACAAUAACAAUAAUAAGCAAAUAACCAGUACAACUACAACACCAUCAACAUCUUUCAAUAGACAAAUUGGUUUUACCAACAAAACUAAUAAUAAUAAUCACAUAGGAGAAAAUAUCUUCAAUCAACGUAAUGUAAAUAAUAAUAAUAAUAAUAACAAUGUACAUAAUCAACCUUUUAAACAACAACAACAACAACCAGAUAUUCAACCUGAUAAAAUGAAAAUAGAUGAUAACAAUAAUAAUAAUAAUGGACCAAUACUUCAAAGAAUGGGAUCAUCAACAUUUAACCAAGGCAUUGGUGCCAAUGUUUGGAAUGGAGCUGAAGAAGGUGGAGGAUGGUCAGAUUCAGAGAUAUAG